AUGCAUUUCAAAGUUAUUUAGUAAUAUCUGAUUCAAAUAUUUUAUUCAAGGUUUCUCUUUGAAUUAUUGUACUGUCUAACUAAAGUAGGAAAGAUAAAUUUAGAUUUACUUGAUAUAGCAGCUAGGAAGAACUAAAAAAAUAACUUUACGAAGAGGAACUUCAGUCGAAACUCAAAAAUCAAAAAUUUCAUAUCCUGUAAUCCUUAUUAUCUAUUUACUAAAUAGAUAUGGGAUAAGAAGUAAUUGCACCUUUCAGAAAUUGAAGUAGAGAAGCAUAAUAAUUUUAUUAAAAUUGUUCAAGUGAGUUUCUUGUAAAUGAACUGUGAAAUAAAUUAGUAAAUUUUAUAAAGUAUGGAGAUUGUAUCUAUUCUUUUUGAAUAUAUAAAUAGUCGAUUUUAAUUGGCAUUAUCAUUAAUAUAAAAUUAUAUACGUAUGUUGAAAAAAUUACUUAUAUUGAUUGCAUCACUCAAUAGCGUUUUCAGUUAAACUAUAGAUUGCGCAGGGAUGAUUCAGACUACAUGUACUGCUGCUGGGUAUUGCUUUUGGACAGGGACAGCUUGCCGACUGGCUGAGUGUCACAAAGUUAGUGACAUCAGGGCUUGUAGAUCUAGUUUAAAUGGGUUUCUGGUCCUGAAUAAUAAAUGUGCAGAGAUCCCUUCGAUUAAUUCUAACUUUCUGAAUUAAUGUAUGGAAUUUGAUCAGACUACUAUGAUGUAUUCUUAUGUAAAGUUUCCUUCAGACAUUACAUAAUUAUCUUCAAGUCAAACAACAGGUGGUUAUCUUGUUACUACUAUAAUGACUGCCAGGUACACUUCAAAAUACAAGUAUGAGAUAGUAACAGUGAACAUUUUGACAGCCUCCACAUCAGAAUUGAUGAAUAUUAUGAAUGCCUAUAUUUAGAUGCAAUAUGAUUUAGCUGAUACUCAGAUACACCCCAUGUAUCUAGAGAAGGCGAUCUAUGAAUCUAUGUAAGCUAUUCGAGACGAUGUCGCCUUGACUCUUACUGGUACAACAAAUAAAAGAUAGGAUUAUUACACUCUCUUAUGGAGGAUGACAGAUGCCUACUUUCUAAAAUUAAGAGCAUAUCAGCCCUUCUAUAUUUCGAAUAAAUAUUUGAUCAAUUCUGGGUUUUCUCAUUUCAAUCGCUUUUCCCUGACAUUAGGAUCUCAAUAUCAAACUACUCAAAUUUCUUGGACUUCUUAUAAUGAUAACGGAUAUUUGGAAUUGCUAGUGAUUCCUGCUGAAUAAUUUGGUAUCCUUUCCUCCUUAUCAGAUAUAUUCAUAAUUAGACCAUCAAAUAUAGAUGGUAGUGAUGCAACUCUAACUUAUUCUCUAUAAUGGACAUGGUCAUACACAGGUACUUAACCCACAAGUAGUGCUAAUUUAUAUACUUUUGAUAAGAUUGAGAUGAAUGGAUUUACUUCUCAAGGUUCAGCAGGUUGUAAUACAUCUACAAAAACCUGCACCAUCAAUAUUUCAAGUCAAUCUACUACAAAAUCUUAUCUGAUUGCUGAAACUGCAAUUACUUCUUAAGUAGCAACAGGGAGAUAUUACACAAGAUGUAGAUUAGGACGUUUUACAUGGAGUGGAACAUCAUGUGCUUGA